AUGGCCCGAGAAGCAGCGAAAACCGUUGUACCUUCUGAAGAUACCUCGAAUAAAGACAAACAGAAAGCAAAAGAAGAAAGUGAGAUAAAAGCGGAUGGCGACAAGGAAAAAAAGGACGAAUUGGAAGAAUUGUCUGAAGAAGAUCUCCAACUUAAGAAUGAACUGGAAAUGUUAGUGGAACGAUUAAAGGAAAAUGAUGUUAAUCUUCACAGGCCAGCUUUAGAAAGUCUUCGUACCCUAAUUCGAACGUCUACCAGCUCGAUGACCUCAGUUCCGAAACCAUUAAAGUUCUUAAGGCCUCAUUAUGCUACCGUAACUGAAAUUUAUGAGAGCUGGCCUGAAUCUGAUAACAAGCUCUUUUUGGCCGAUAUUUUGUCUGUUUUGGCGAUGACUUACGAUGAAGGAAAAAGAGAUUCCUUGAAAUAUAGGUUGAAAGGGUCACGUGAAGAUCCGGGAUCUUGGGGGCACGAAUAUGUGAGGCAUCUAUCAACUGAAAUUGGCCAGGAAUAUGAAUACCAUCAGGAAAACGAGUUACCUUCUGAUGAUCUCAUGACACUUGCCUUGGAAAUUGUUCCAUUUUUUUUGAAACAUAAUGCUGAAGCGGACGCUGUUGAUUUGUUACUUCAAUUAGAAGCAAUUGAAAAAUUGCCUGAUUUUGUGGAUAAGGAUAUUUAUGCGCGCGUAUGCCUUUACAUGGUCAGUUGUGUUAACUUGUUGGUUCCGCCUGACGAUGUUGCUUUCCUGCGAACUGCUCAUGCAAUAUAUCGAAAAGAAAACAAAUUUACAGAAGCUGUAUCGUUGGCCAUCAGACUUGGAGAUUAUGAUCUGAUACGAGAAGAUUUCAAUGCUGCCAGAGAAUUGGAUGAAUUGUUGCAAAAGCAGAUCGCCUUUAUAUUAGCAAGACAACAAAUCCCUCUACCAAUCGAAGACGAGAAAAUACAGGAUAUACUGAAUAAUACCCAUUUAACCAAACACUUUAUUGCACUAGCGAAAGAAUUAGAUGUUCUUGAGCCCAAGACUCCAGAGGAUAUUUAUAAAAGCCAUCUAGAAAAUAUUCGCCCAGGGUUCUCAAGUGGUAGUGUUGAUUCUGCACGACAAAAUUUAGCAUCAACUUUUGUGAAUGCAUUCGUUAACGCUGGAUUUGGUAAUGAUAAAUUAAUAUCAAUUGAGGAUGGUAACGCAUGGAUUUACAAAAACAAAGAUAAUGGUAUGCUGAGCGCUACUGCAUCUAUUGGUAUGAUCAUGCUAUGGGAUGUGGAUGCUGGUUUGGCACAACUUGAUAAAUAUUUAUAUUCAAAUGAGGAUUAUAUUAAGGCCGGUGCUCUUCUCGCCAUUGGGCUAGUAAAUACAGGUGUUCGUAAUGAAAAUGAUCCCGCUUUUGCGUUGCUUUCCGAAAAUAUCGAAAGUGCAGCUAGUUCUAAUAUGCGGAUCUGCACUAUCGUUGGUCUUGGAAUGGCAUAUGCUGGGUCCCAUCGAGAUGAUGUUCGAGAUUUACUUCUUCCUCUCGUAAGUGAUAAUACUUUAAAUAUGGAAAUAGCUUCUCUCGCGGCUUUGUCUCUAGGUCUGGUUUUUGUUGGAUCUUGUAAUGGAGAUAUCACAAGCACAAUAUUGCAAACGAUGAUGGAACGCGAGGAUUCUCAAUUGAAAGAAACUUGGGGCAGGUUUAUGGGACUCGGAUUAGCUUUACUUUACCUUGGUAAACAAGAUGCUGCAGAAGUGACUUUAGAAACUUUGAAGGCUAUAGAACAUCCUCUUAGUAAGCAAGUCGCAGUUUUGGUUGAAAUUUGUUCAUAUGCAGGAACUGGAAAUGUGCUUAAAGUGCAGAAUAUGUUGCAUCUUUGUAAUGACCAUUUAGAUAAAGACAAAGAGGAUGAUUUGUUUCAAGCUUUUGCUGUCUUAGGUGUAGCAUUGAUAGCCAUGGGUGAAGACAUUGGUGCUGAGAUGGCGUUAAGAUCAUUUAAUCAUUUGAUGCAUUAUGGUGAACCUGUUAUUCGUCGCGCAGUUCCCCUUGCAAUAGGCUUGCUUUGUGCAUCCAAUCCUUUGCUCAGUGUUUUAGAAACACUUAGUAAAUAUUCUCACGAAAAUGAUACAGAUGUUGCUAUUAACGCGAUAUUUGCUAUGGGUCUUGUCGGCGCAGGAACGAAUAAUGCAAGAUUGGCACAGAUGUUGAGACAAUUGGCAUCAUAUUAUCAUAAAGAACCCAAUUGUCUAUUCAUGGUUAGAAUUGCACAGGGAUUGUUACAUAUGGGCAAAGGGACAAUAUCGAUUAAUCCGUAUCAUUCUGAUCGACAAUUAAUGUCACCUGUCGGAAUAGCUGGUCUCUUAACAACACUGAUUGCUUUCACGGAUGUUAAAAUGCUGAUACUGGGCAGAUACCAUUGGUUUUUAUAUUACUUGGUAACUUCUAUGUAUCCUAGAUUUUUGAUUACGCUUGACGAAAAUUUGAGUAGUUUGCCUGUGACCGUUCGUGUGGGACAGGCUGUAGAUAUAGUAGGACAAGCUGGGCGGCCAAAAACAAUUACAGGAUUCCAAACACAUUCAACGCCGGUCUUGCUAGCACAUUCUGAACGCGCAGAAUUGGCUACAGAAGAAUACAUAUCUUUAUCCCAUGUUCUUGAAGGUUUCGUCUUGCUCCGGAAGAAUCCGGACUUUAUGGAAGAAGACAAAGAUUAA